AUGUCCGAGUACUCCAUCAAGCCCGCCACCGAGGCCGACGUCCCUGACAUGCUCAAGCUCGUCCACGAGCUUGCCAUCUACGAGAAGGAGCCCGACGCGGUCAUCGCUACCACCGAGACUUCCAUGUUCGGCGAGAACAAGUACGCCGAGGCGUUUGUCGCGCGUACACCCGCCGGCGAGGCCGUUGGCAUGGCCCUUUACUUCUUCACCUACUCGACCUGGCUCGGCGCCCCGGGCCUCUACCUCGAGGACCUGUACGUCACGCCCGACCACCGCGGCAGCGGUCUCGGCAAGCGCCUGUUCGGCUACCUCGGCCAGGUGGCCAAGGACCGCGGCUGCAUGCGUGUCGAGUGGCGUGUGCUCAAGUGGAACACCCCCUCGAUCGACUUUUACGAGAAGCGCCUCGGCUCGGUCCCACAGAGCGAGUGGGAGGGCGAGCGUAUCGAGGGUGUCGAGGGCAUUGAGCGUCUCAUUGCCCUCAAGAACGCCCAGUAG